AUGGCGCAGCAACUUAACUCCGACGUACCAAAACCUUGGAAGCAGAUACAGCGUAAGCGAGGGGGAGGGGCGAAGGGCCACUUCAGUUUCUGCCUCUCCUCCUUUGAAGAGAUCUGCUUUGAGAACAGCUCCAUUCUCGAAAACCCAGAUCUCACUCCUGUGGAUAGGGAUCACUUGGAGUCGCCUAUAUUCAUGGUGUGCAAAGCCGAGCAAUCAGCAUCCAUGUAUACAAGCCACUAUAAGGAAUCUGCGCAGCAAUGUCCGCCCACGAGCAGACAAGACAGUUACUGUCCGGUCUGCCUGCAGACUGCCAGAUUCCCAGUGCAGACCAACUGUGGCCAUUUAUUUUGUGCUUCCUGCCUCCUCACCUACUGGAGACACGGCUCGUGGUUAGACGCAAUCAGCUGUCCGCUCUGUAGACAGAAGGUCAGCGUGCUGUGCCACCUCUUCAAGGAGAGUCGAUCAGACCAGCAGUCAGAGGAAGUUCUGGGGGAAAUCAGAGACUACAACAAACGUUACUCUGGAGCCCCUCGAAGGGUAACGGACUACCUCUGUGACGCCCCCCUUGCUCUGCAGUUGCUGGCUCGCGGGCUUGGCACCAUGGGAGGCCUCGUAGGGUUGUUUCUCUUCAGAGUGGCCUUGUGUUGUGUGGGGACCAUGGUGUCCAUCUCCUCCCCAUCGGUGGACACUGCGUCUUCAUCGUCAAACCCCAUUCCAACGGAUCCCUCACUCUGCGGCCUGCUGGGGGCUCUGGAUGAUCUGGUGGUGGUCAUUCUGCUUCUCAUCUGUGUUCUCAACAUCAACCAGCAAAUGGCACCAGAGAGAGGACACUCUCCAAACACAACAGCCGCGCAGGGAGUGAUGGCGAGCACACUUUAGGUGCGCGCAGCUGGAUUUUGUCAGCUGUGAACCGUUGGACUUUUAUUGGAUUCCUACUCUCUUCCUGUGGUUAGUUGGAUUAGCGGGGGUGAGAUUAUUGAUAAAUGCAUGGCUUGUUAAAAAGUCUGGAGUCAGAUGCUGUCUCAGGCUGUCAGACUGGGACUCCAGUGUGUUUACAAAGCUGAGGCAAUGGUGAUAUCCAAAACUCAAAGGAGCUUCCAGAAGCUGUUGUCAAUACUGGAAAGCUCUUGUAAAUA